AAUUGUCAAUGUUUGGUUUUCUCCCUGGGUUCUCCGUUGGUAUCAUCAGUCAUGCGUAUAUACGUGCAUGUAUAUUCCGGUGAAAACGCAAAACUUAUUUGCAAACAAUGAUUAGUUCAGUGUUCGGUAAAUGCUAGUUUUCUGUAGAUCUAUAGUGUUUCGAUAGAACAUUAAUAAUUUCAUAACCGCUGCGGGUCAUGCUGAAAGCUCUCUCCUGAUACUUUGAGACAAAUUUGGUUCAAUAUGGACGGAACUUCACGCUUUGGCAUAUUCCUACACCACCACCAAAGGCAGUUAGAAUCAUCUGCAGUGCCGAAACAAUAUUGGGAGUCGGUGUACAAAAAGUUGCACAAUCAAAUCUUUGACGCAGGUCUUGUAUUUCAGUUAGCAUUGGUUGACUAUGGCGACGAUGACAGGGGACCAAAAGACCCGGUGUGGAAAUUGUUUGUCAAUGCUGAAAAAGGAUUAUCCAUUGACGAUUCAAAUAAUAUUUUUUUGAUUGAUCAUGCUUGGACUUACGACGCGGCAAGUGCAAGGCAAAAUUUGUUGGAAGUUCCAGGGCUUCUGGAUCGUAUGUGCAUGCUCAUGGGUUCGCAAAAUUCUGAGGAUUUAUCUGAGGAAGAAAAAGUCGAGUUUGUAUUGCAAGAGAUGUGGCGAUACAAUCAAACUUUUGCUUUGAGCAACGGUACUAUCGAGGAAAGAAUGCCGGUGUGGUAUAUAAUGGACGAGGUUGGAUGCGCAAUAAAUCACAGCGCCAAGCCAAACUUUCGGACUGUUCCGUUUCUAUAUCUCAACGACGGAGUGACUUACACUCUUUUGUUCCCUGUGAAAAACGUCAAACACGAGGAACAAGUAACUCGUGAUUUCGUCGAAGGUCAAACUGACGACGUCGAUAAGAGACGUGUUCUCUCAUUGCCCUGGACCGACGACUAUUUAGCGGACUCAAAUUUCGAGCAGUUUGAACCAUCCGAAGAUUAUUUUCUCGCUGGUCACAUUCGCGAAACUUUGCCGAGUUUAAGCGAAUUAGAACGUUCUGAAAGGCCAAUCGAUGCGAAGCUCAAAGUUUAUUCAGAGUAUAGGUUCGUCAACGAAUAUCUGACUCAUCCGAAGUUCGAGAUUGUCGAGGACAUCGAACAAGCUGACAUUUUGUGGCUGAUGAGCCAUUUCAAAGAUUACGAAGAUCUCAGCCUCCGAUCACCGCAUUCCUACGUCAAUCAAUUCCCUUUCGAAAAUGUUCUCACGAUCAAAGAUUUGCUGGCGAUAAUUUGUCGUCGUAAGGCUACCGGCAAGAAAUACGAUCCGGAAACUCUCGACACUUUUCCAUCCUGGCUACCAACGACUUAUAAUCUGAGCACAGAAAUUUGUCAAUUCGUAGCCUAUUUCAAAGAACGGGAAAGGCUCGGUCUCGACAAUCACUGGAUCUGCAAGCCUUGGAAUUUGGCGAGAGGCUUGGAUACUCAUAUAACCAAAAACUUGAAUCAUAUUCUCCGUUUGCCAUCGACUGGACCGAAAAUAGCACAAAAAUACAUCGAAUCUCCGGUUUUGUACACGAGGCCAGAAAUCGGUCGAGUCAAGUUCGACAUAAGAUACGUCGUUCUCCUCAAAUCCGUCAAACCUUUGGUAGCCUAUGCUUAUUCUAAUUUUUUCCUUAGAUUCGCCAACAAGGAAUUUGCUCUAAACCAUUUGGACGUUUACGAGCAACAUUUCACGGUGAUGAAUUAUUCCGAAAGUGCGCAACUCUCUCACGUCAAAUGUCACGAUUUUAUAGUUCAAUGGAACAAAAUGUACCCAGAUUUCGACUGGAGCCGGAACGUUCAGCCUAAAAUAUUGAAAGUGUUGAGACAAGUUUUGGAGGCCGCUUCUCAGACCGAGCCGCCCAAAGGUAUUGCUCACAAUCCGCAGAGCAGAGCCGUCUAUGCGGCUGAUUUGAUGCUCGAAUGGAAAAACGGACAAAUUCAACCGGUCAUUUUGGAAGUCAAUUUUUCACCCGAUAACAAAAGAGCUUGCGAGUACUAUUCAGAAUUUUAUAACGAUAUAUUUAAAUGCCUCUUUCUUGACGAAGCGGAUCCUCGUGUUUUCCAUCCUCUCUUGAGCGAAUAAUCCAUCGUUAUUUUUUUAUUCCAAAAAUCUAUGGAAUGAUGGAUUUUUGUCGGGCAUAUGGGAGCCCUCAAAGUCGCAGGAUUUUUAUUUUCCUCAUGCUGAAGCGAGGAUUGAAGGCGAAAUCAUUGAUUUUUCGUCACUUCGAUUUGCAGACUUUUUACACGAUUCUGUGAGCAUUACAAUAGAAAACUGCAGUGUCUUUUUUUUUGAUAAUUGGUAUCGACCCAUUAGCAGAGCAUUUUGCUCGUUCGCGAAAAUUGGCAUCAAUGAUUUCACUCACCAGUUCUGUGCAUAGAAAUGAUUAUUUUUUGCUCAUUCAGUACUAAUUAACAGUACUAAUAGAAAUUCGUGCACAAAUACUUAUGACCGGGAAUCGAGUUUGGCGGUACAAUUUUUAAUGUUAUAGUUUUUGGACGAUGAAAAGUUUUAUUCUAGUUGGAAAAAAGCUUUGGAGGUUUAUCGAGGUUUGGGGCAGUUGGUUGUUGAAACCAAAGAAACAUUGAAACAUUGUAAAAUGUGUGUAGAAAAAUAAAAGCAACGCCAACCAUA